AUGUAUGUCUUCAAGGCCUUUAGCGCAUUAGCUUUCAUUACAGGCAGUUCUUGUAAUUUGGUUCCAAAAAAGUUCUUGACGCUCCCUCUGGGUGAAAUCAGGCCUACAGGAUGGCUUUUCGACCAACUUGUUGUACAAACAGAUGGAGUUGCUGGGCAUAUGCAUGAAUUCUACGAUUUAGUCUCGAACACCGACUGGGUUGGAGGUGACUCGUAUUACUCCUACUUGGAGGAAGCCGGCAGUUAUUGGUUCAAUGCAAUGGUACCAAAUGGUAUCGUCGUUAACCAUACAGUUAUCAUGAACAAGACGCAAGAGUUCCUCGAUUAUGUCUUGGACCAUCAGGAUGAGACCGGAUGGCUGGGUCCCGAGGUAGGAACGGACAAACCACGUUUCUUAUGGGGAAGGUAUCCGUUCUUUUUUGGCGCGAUUCAAAUGGUCGAAUACAAUCCUGCACUGACCGAUCGCGUCGUAACUGCACUAUACAAGUUUGUUGUGGUUGCGAACAAGAUGCUCCGGGAAGGACAUGGCGUGGAUUCCUGGGCACAGACGCGCUGGGAAGACUUUGUCAUGGUAUUACAGUGGCUGUACGAUUACCAUCCUCAGGGCCAGGAGGACCUUCUUGUGGACACGAUGGUGAGAUUUAAAUGGAGCGGCGUCCCUUGGGAGAAGUACUUCCCCAUAGUGGCAGUGGAGACGCUCGAAAAUCCAUUUGGUCUCGAACUUUCGUGGCACGGGGUGAACAUGGCAGAAGGUAUGAAGGCUCUGCCUGCUACUUAUCGGUUCACGCACAACGCGUCGGAUUUACAAGCGGCAAGCGACGGAUGGGAUUUGAUGUUCCGCUAUCACGGAAGACCAUCGGGUGCGUAUGCUGCUGAUGAAAUGCUCGCGGGAUUGGAAGCCGUACGAGGGUGGUGCUUGGUCGUGGAAUUAAUGUUCUCAGGUUCCUAUCUCUACCAAGUUUCGGGGGACCCGAAGUAUGCAGACCGGGUCGAAAGGGUGGCUUAUAACGCGCUGCCUGCAACGAUAACUGCAAAUAUGUGGGGAAGGCAAUACCUAGCACAAUCGAAUCAGAUAGCCGCAAAGAAUAUGACACCGAAUCCAUUUCCGGAAGAUGGACCCGAAUCAAACAUCUUCGGUCUAGAGCCCAAUUAUCCAUGCUGUACAGUCAAUUUCCCUCAAGGCUGGCCAAAGUACAUCACCAACGCUUUUUUGAUAACCGGAGACGGCGAGUCUCUAGUUCAUCUCUUCCUCGGACCUUUCCGCACAUCUACCAUCCUGAAGAAAGAUAAUACAGUCUCGGUUGAGGUGGACACACAAUAUCCGUUCAGCGAUACGCUUACGACGACGGUUACGGCGACGAAGGCCUUUGCGUACUUUGUUCGUAUCCCAGGCUGGGUUAUUAACGGGGCAAUUUCGAUCAACGGUAGCACUCCCAAGGCCUUGACACCUAAUGAAAAUGGAUUGCAUCCCAUCGAUAUUGGUCCAGGGAUCACUGAAUUCGUGCUAGAACUUCCGGCAGAUAUUACCAUCGAGAACAGACCCCAUGGGUCCAUAGCGGUCCACAGAGGUCCUUUGAAUUACGCAUUUGAUAUCCAGCGUUCAGAGACGGUUCUCAAGACCGACCCACGUCAAAGCCUUGCGGUGGAUCUCCAGUACGACGCCGCGGAAGCCUGGGAAUACGCCAUCGAUCCUUCUUCCCUGAGGUUCCACCAGCGUCACGUAUCCAAUUUACCCUCGCCGGUUUGGGAUUACGGGCUACCUCCAGUGACGAUUACCGCAACGGCUUGUCUCGUCGAUUGGCCCGUAGAUGGCGAUACGUUUGCUGCCAGUCCGCCUGAGAAUCCUGAUUGUGUCGGACCUGAGAAGGUGAUUGUGCUGUCUCCAUUUGGGGCGACAAAGCUACGUAUUAGUGAAUUCCCAGUCAAGUCGAAUACCCUUCCCGCGGGGUUGGAUGAUAUGCAUUUGGAGCAGAUUCCCUUACGCAGAACGUUUUGA